UGUUUGUUUUGCUAAACUAAGUCCUCAGCGCUUAGUUUCAUACUUCCUUUCCUUUCAUUUCAGACGUUCGUUACCGACUUUUUUUUGCUAACCAGUUUUCAAAGAUCUAGACCUUCUCACUACCCAUCCAUCUGCCGCCUUACCGCCUUCGAACUCCCUUUCUCCCAAUCACCCCGGAUCCCGUUCACGUUCCCCGACUCCUUCUGUACCUGGUGAAUCUGGGACCUGGCCCCAACAUUACGGUACCCAGAAUUUAACCAAUAUGAGACUUGCUGCGGAUACUUCGAGUCUGGACGAGCCUCCAUUCGCUGGCAAUCCCCUGGUACCAGGCCAUUCAUUCUUACAAACACCUCUAGUACGGUCGGUCUCCGAGGGCGAAUCUCUUAUUCGUUUAGAUUCAUCUCCAACACGCUCAUUUGCGCGACCUCCAAAGGUGCCGCCACUCCCAGAUCCCUCUCAGUUCCCAGACCCAUAUCCACAGCGUUCUCCUUAUUCUCGCAUGUCUGAUCGAUCGUCUUCCACCCUUCCUGCUCUUUCUUCCGAAGGCUCAUCUUCUCCAUCAACACGUUCCUCUGCAUACACUAGCUCCGGGAGUGCAUUAGCAUCAAGCGACUAUGGCCACGUUCACGUUGCUACCGGAGAGGAUGAGGAGAUUGGUGUUGCAGUAGGAAUCACAUCCGAUGACGUGGACCAGAUAUUACAGACCAAGGCCGUUACGCCAUCGUCCGCAGGAAGGACCCCAAUUGACCAAACCAGGUGGUCGGAAUACUCAGCGAGUAUUCGAUCCAGGUCAUCUUCGAUCGGAGUCAAUAACACUAACAGCAUGCAUGAAAAUGGCAUGCCACGCCUUCGCCAGAACCCUAGCUUCGAUAUGGGUUGGCAAACAGUCGAUGAGCGAGAUGAAGUUGGUUUGACGAGCGACGAAGAAACUGACGACCUAGGCGAGGAAGAUGAUGAGGGUGAUGAUAAGGAGGAGGAAAGGACAUCUGCAGUAGUGGUGGCUGAAGAAGGGCGCGGUCUCAUUGUCAAAGGUGAAGGUAUCCCAAUUGUCCAGCUACGCGUUGAUCCAGGAACUACGCACCUACUUCUUGGAUCGUCUAGCACGCCAAAUACAGUGCCAUCGUUCCUGACAGGUGCCUUGCCGCAAAUAUGCAAUACCUUACUUGCACUCGACAUUUCUGCCAACUUCUUGGUCGCGCUUCCUCCUGCCCUUGCUUCAUGUGAGAACCUAGAAGAGCUCAAUGUCGCGUCCAACCCUCUUCGAGUCUUACCCGUGUUCUUGACUCAUCUCACGUCCCUGCGUGUACUCAUCGCAGAUUCUACUGGUAUUGGUAGCCUUCCCGAUUCAUUAUGCGUGCUCGACAAGCUUCACACCCUUAGCGUUCGGAGGAACAAAAUGCAUUCCCUGCCCAGCUGGCUGUGCCUCUUGCCUUCAUUGCAAGAGCUCUAUCUUGAUGGGAAUCCGUUCCAGGGUCCGUGGCAAGCUUUGGUCGAGCCGUUGCUCGCUAAAACUUCGAUGCCGCCGCUUUAUCCGCCCUCGACACCUACUAUUCCCCCUUCUCCUGCUAGCAUUGCUGACUCAUCUGUUGGGGCCGAGACCGACACGGAGUCGGAACCUACUAGUGCAGGUCCGGAUGGGCCCUCAUCCUCGCAAUUCGAUGACGAUACUAUUACCCCAGCUCGAGCUCCAUUCCUUGGUCGUUCCGCAACCUCCCCGCCAAUGCUUCCCGUCCCCAAAGCUGUUCCAAGGGGCUUGACACGCACCAAGACUGCUCCCAACGGAUCAUUUUUCAAUUCAAAAUCGCGGCCCAGAACUGAAGCGACUGCUGAUGGACUCAGGGCAUCGAAGCGCGUAGAAGACUCGGGUUACUACACAGAUCAUGAUCUGCGGAGAAUGAAGAGCGCGGGGGAACUACGUUCAUCUUACGAUCAACCUGACUCUCAGAUUUCUCCGCAGGACUCACCCGUUGUUACCCCUGCACUCCCGAACUAUUCGACCUCAGCGUCCAGCUCGAAUUUGCUUAGCGUUGGGGGUGGUUCGCCGGAAUCUGAUCGCUUGAUCGUGCCUAAGCGGUACGCCAGUCUUGGCGUUUCUUCGACAUCUUUAGCCCCCACGCGCAGUCCGCGGCCAUCCUUACCUCAUACACUAUUUGAUCCGCCUUCAGCCACUUCAGAGCCGGCAGUCCCUGAGCCCUCGCGUAUUUCUACCGUCGAAACUAUUUCACCGGCGACUUCUCCGCGUCGGCCGUUGUCGCGUGAUCCGACUCGAUCUACACCAGGUUAUGGGGAGAGAACUAGCACUGCAAGGCAGUCUCAGUCUCACUCCAAGGACAGAGAAAAGACAGGGCGGUGGGGUUUCUUGAAGAAAAUGUCAAUGGGAAAGAUGCGACCUGGACCUGACUCUCCAUCGCGCCCGAACACUACGUACAACCGCACGCCUCAGCUUGAGUCAGGGACUGUGUCCGCUUUCAAUCCCCCCACGCCAUUCUCAAGCACGUCACCUCAGAUUGACCUUCGUUUCUCCACUACGGAAGUUUUUGGGACGCUCACGGGCAGUGCUCCUGCAGUCGCUUUGUCCCCGCCAGAGCAAGAAUUUGAGAAUGAGACUCCAACCUCUGAAAAGGCUUCCCCGAUUCCGCCGCCUGCUAUACCUGGCAAUUUCCUUGCCCCGUCACAUUCUCCAGUUCCACGAUCGUCCAGAAGAAGGAGCUUCUUACCAGUCGCAGAUGCAGCAAGCAUUCCUCCGCCGUCACCUGUGUCCUUUCUGGAACGUCUAUCGUACGAUGAUGACGCGGAUGAGCCCAGGCCCAGUAUGACCUCAAGUCCGGUCCCAGAUGCGGAUUGCGUCGACUUUACUACUCGGAGGGAGGAGGAACGAGCGCGAGAGGCAUACACGCGGGCUUUGCGCUCCGUUAUGGCGUACUUGAAGGAUAUGAACGAUCUCGGACUGUCUCAGGGUGGCAAUACCAUCAGCAUGUAUGCCGGCGCGGAGGAGAGUUCGCCAAGCAUACGCUCGCGUAGGCCGACAAUUGUGGAGAGGACAAAUUCCGACGCGUCUACGAUGUCGAUAUCUCGCGCAGGAUCCAUGUCUGCUCAACUACGGUCUCCUGAUGUCAUGUCCGGUUUACGCAGUGGAACUGCUUCACAGACGGUCAGCGUUGCUGCCUCGGACUGUUCUACAGAGGAGCGGAAAUACAAGGAUGAUAAGAGCAAGCGUGCACUCGUAGUUCGAGAAAUUGUCGAGACGGAGAAGACGUACGUGAAAGGCCUUCAAGAACUCGUUGAUAUAUACAUCAAGCCUAGCGCUGCUCCCGUCAACCUGAUCAGUGGCGUUGGUUCUGGCAAAGAAACGGUCAUCCCCUCAGCAGAGAGGAGGAUCGUUUACAGUGGUAUCGAAGCCCUCUUUUCAUUUCACAAGGAAAGCUUCUUGCCGUCGCUGGAAAAAGCAGCGGCUCCACUGCUGCAAAAGCCUCCUGGAAGUGAAGAGUUGGAUCCUGACGGUCAAUUGUCAGUGGAUGUAGCGGCAGCUGUGGCUAGUUGUUUCUUGAGAUAUGCUGCUUUCAUGAGGAUGUACUCGACAUAUAUCAACAACUUCGACAAUUCUGUCCAGCGCAUCAGAUUUUGGUCGACAGAUCGGCCUGUAGCAGGCAACGCCAGCCCAGGCUCAACCCUAACGCCCUCCUCCAGCUCUGCUCAACUUGUUGGGCUUGGUCUUGCUAUCUCCUCUCCUUCAGUCCCAGGCGUGAUAUCUGAUCCAUCCGCUCCGAGUCAUACAGCACAUUUAACGUCUGGACAACGGAAACGAAUAAAACAGUUUUUGAAACGUUGCCGCAUGAAUCCUCGCCAUUCACAACUCAAUAUGGAAGGCUAUUUACUUCUACCAGUCCAACGAAUACCACGGUACCGCUUACUAUUAGAAGAGCUUUUGCGGAGCACUCCACCAUCGUACACCUUUUUAGAUGAUUCAUUAGACAGAGCUCUGACAGAAAUAUCUUCUCUGGCCAACAACAUGAACGAAGGCAAACGAGAUUUCGAAUCUCGACGAAAACUUGUUCAAUGGCAGUCAAGAAUACGAGGCAAAUUCCCCAGCCCUCUAGUGCAGCCACAUCGACGGCUCAUCAUGGAUGGACCUCUACUGCUCACCAGGGUGGUGCGAAAGACGGUCGUUUCCUUUGAGACGUUCACUGCUCAGGGGGACGCCUCUGCCGUUCAAGUUGAUUGUUUAGCGCCGGAGCUUAAUCCCCGCCCUCUCGUUGGAAUACUGUGUAAUGACCUUCUCGUUCUUUGCCGGGAUCCUAGCGACGGGAAGGAUCCGAUGUCUGCGGUCGACCUGUGGGCCGUGCUACGGAUGCAAACUUUGCCGCAGCCAGCGAGCAUCGUCCACGGCAACGCUUUGCGCCUGGUUGACAACAAGGCCAUCCUGUAUUUCGAAGCUCCAUCAGGUUCUGACGCCUUGAACUGGUUUAGAGCCAUUAAUCUACACAUACCUUCUGCAAAAGCAUAGACACUUAAGGCCACCAUCGCGCCUAAAACCUAGUAUCCACCUCCGUGCAUUCGCUUCUAGCUCGCUGGAUGGGUACUCUCUGAUACGUAUAUAUACUGUCAUUAAGUUUCCUGCAUGUUGCAUUCGGUUUUCGUCCUCAACAUUAUCUUCCCACUGUAUUUCACUCAUUACGCUUUUUUAACUCUCGUAUGGCUAGGUAAAAUAGACAAGCUUAACUGAAAUCAAUACACGCACGUCCUGAGACUCA